AAUAAAUUUAUAAAAGCAAUUAGUAGUAAAACUAGUUUAAGUAGUACCACAAUGACAACAACAAUAAGUAAACAUGAUUUACAACAACAGCAACAACUACAGCAGCAACAACAACAGCAAUUAAUGCUCAUACAGCAACAACAACAGCAAUUAUUGCAAUUACAACAGCAGCAGCAACAGCGUUUUUCUCAAAAUACUACAUACAGUUUGGACAAUACAAUCACAGCAUCAGUGGGUUCAGUGGCCACUGCGGCCACUCAACGACUAGAUAGUAUAACAACAACAACUUUACCCAAUACCAUACAAAUCGAUACAUUAAAUAAUAAUUUAGAAAAUGAUUUCAAUACCACAUUAACCUUGCGUUCACACGCCCACAAUAAUAACAAUGGUGAUGUGGGCGAGGCCCCACCCCCUAAGAUACCCAAAAAGCGUUCUCUUUUAAAUUUUAAAUCUUUCGAUUUUCAUAUUAAAUCUUUAUAUAGUGGUUUACGUAAUGGUUCUUCCAAUCAAAAUAAAUCCCAUUCACAAUCUACCAAUUUAAUGGCGGCCGAUGGUGGUGGGGAUCGUGGUGUCGAGGGUGUGGGAAAAAUUUUAACAGCUGGCAUUAAUGCCAAUGGUAGUGAGUUGAAUAUUAAUGAACUGCAUCAGCAUAUAGUACAUCAACCCUAUAAUCGCAUGCCUCCCUAUUUGAAAAUCGAAUCGGUUGAUAAUGAAGAAUCGGAGAAUUUAUUAAUCGAUUAUCCACAAUCGCCAUACUCGUCACGUCGCAACAGUUCUAAUGACGAUAAUCGUUCGAGCAGCCAACUGAUACAUCUCACCGGUGAUGGUGGGACCGAUGACCGCCAUCACCUGCAACAGCCAACACCACAUCGCUACGAAAUGUCGCGUUCACAGGCCAGUUCUCCAUCCCCGUACUAUCUAUCGCCGCAUGCUUUUGCAUCAUCUUCCCAGAAUAUCAGACGUUCGUCUACAUCGGACAUAAUGUCCGGUAGUAAACGCAGCGCCUCCUCGUCGACCAGCAACAGUCGACGGCCGAGUACUUCGGAUCUAUUGCGUAAGGCACGAGAACGUCGUGGUAGUGAGAAUCGUAUGGGACGCAGUGUUUCGCAUGGCGGUUUGCCGCGUGGUGGCGGUAGUGGUGGUGGUGGAGGAGCUUUUCGUGUGGGACCCGGUGUAGGUGGUCGACGUACGAGUAUGGCAUUCUAAUACUUCCUAUCCCAUCACUCUCUGUAUCUCACUCCCUCUCCCGUUUAACCACUCCAAACUGUUAUAAAGAAA